GUUUGUUUUUAUCCGUGUUUUUCUUUUUUUUUUCGUUGGCUUCGAGUUCUUGUUCUCUCCGUCCACCUGUUGAUCCAGGCUGAGAGCAAGUCAGCAGCACACAUUGUCCCAAAAUGACUUCGAACCAGCCCUUCAAUACCAGCACACCUGCAGAUGAGCAGUUUGAUUUUUUAUUCAAAAUUGUUGUCAUUGGAGACUGCGGCGUUGGGAAGACAUGUGUCGUCCAGAGGUUCAAAUCAGGCAUGUACAUCGAACGCCAUGGCAACACAAUUGGCGUGGAUUUUUCGAUGAAGACUGUUAAUGUAGACGCAAAAAAAGUUAAGCUCCAGAUCUGGGACACAGCAGGCCAAGAACGCUUCAGAACCAUAACACAGAGUUAUUACCGCUCUGCUAAUGGAGUAAUAAUUGUGUAUGACAUCACAAAACGCUCAUCAUUCCUCAGUGUACAGAGAUGGAUGGAUGAAGUGCGGCGAUACACCCACCCACAAGUAGCCAUUGUUCUCAUUGGAAACAAAUGCGACCUGGAAACCCUGCGGGAAGUGGAAUUUGGGGAGGCCGAGGCUCUGUGCGAGGUUGUGCCAGAGAUCAUGACAGUCAUGGAGGUUUCAGCCAAGGACAACACCAAUGUGGAUGAUACAUUCUUUCAUCUUGCAAGCGAGCUGAAGAACCGCCACGACUCUCUCCGCGACCUCAUUCGGCCUGAUCUCAUCAAGCUCGGAAAUACGGAGUCGCUGCGCCGGUGGCCUCGCUGCUCUCUGCCAUGUUCACAAUGAUUGACACAAGGUGCUUCGUCUUUAUCCACCAUAAUCGGUCUUUUCAAAGGACGACAGCCAGCUCUAUUUUUCUUUUAAAUUUCUGAGUGUUGUAUAUAUUUUCAAAACAUUCCCUCCAGUGAAAAAUUAGACCGUUCCAUACGAAUCACAGAGUCUCUGCGCUACAGUAUUUCCCACGAAGGGUGUCGUGAUCAGUAGAUUUCUUGAGUAAACAAGGGAAAGGAUUUUAAAUUGGUAUAAAUAUUGUUUGUGUGUCAGAUAAUUACACAAUUCAGUUUGGUAAAACACCGUCUGUGAUAUGUCAGAUCUUUUAAGCUAUUCUUUACUGUUACUUGUAAAGACAGAGUGAAUAUUAUUAUUAUUUUUCAAGUUAUAGGGACCACAGGAUCAAGAGAUUGAUUCUUACGGUGAUAGCUAGUCUCAAAGAGGUAGUGAAGUGGUUAAAUAUUAGAGUAAGUGAACUGCAGAGAUUGUUGUUUUUCCCUUUUUUCUUUUUCCUAAUCAAUUUAAGAUAAAGCUUAUUUUACAGCUUGUGUGUAUGAGUGUGCCUGUGUUGCAAGAGUCUCUUCAUGAUACUAGUUGUGAAUAUUUGUGUAUGGAUAUGUUAUAAAUUUUGAGUUACUAUCUUUAGAAUUUUAUGUGCUGCUAUUGUGUUCGGUGUAUCCCCCACCCCCACCCCCCGAGUGAAUUUAGUAGAUAGUGUUGAAUUGUCGUCACUUAAGUAUUCCUGAGUUUGACUUUCAGUAUCAGGUGACUUAGAAAGGGACAUGUGUAGAUCAGUUAACAACCAGCAUCAGGGUAAAGUGAUUCAAACAAUAAAUGUGUCCAUAUAAUAAAUGCUGAUUUAAGGAAGGUUUACAGUCUCUGAAUCUCUGCUCAUUUUUAAAUUGAGUGUGUGGUGAAACAUAUUCCAUUGUUUUGGUCUGAGGUUUUAACUAUAGAUGUAACCUAUAUCUUUUUUAAUGCAGUUUAACCUGUUAAUCUACCCUAGCAUGUUGAUCUUCUACUUCAUAAAAGAAAAAAUCAAGAAAAUAAAAUCUGAAGCAUUAUCUUGCAGACAUUAGUCAGAACAGGUGUGAUAUAGCCCCAGCAAACCCGACAAUAGUAAAAAAUGAUCUGAAUACAGUAGUGAGUGAACAAUUUUAAUAUGCUGAUUCUGGGAGGUUAUGUAUAUAUGCCUUGUCCACUGGGAU